AUGGCCACCUCGCCUUUGUACCGCGCUCCCAUCUACCAUGUUAUUACAAUUCUUACGAGGGAUUCCUCCUGUCACGAGAGAUUCCAGUUCAUAACGGAAAUGAACGUCUACUUCAAUUGGCCCUUGGUGUUUAAAAAAGGAGAGUACUGGCGCCUUUUGACCACGUUUUUGUAUCUUAAAACAAAUGCCCUUGAUUUUUAUCUGUACAUGUCUUUCUUCGUUCGGUUCAUGAGUACUUUAGAAGAGUCAUCGCCUCCUCCACAAACGAAGAACUUUCUUCGAAUGGUUUUGACUAUCGCUGGAUGUCUCAUCCUUGCUGCUCAAGUAUUUUACAUGCCUUUCAUUGCGAACUACUUUUCCUAUACGAUGCUUUACCUUUGGGCUUGGCGACAUCCUCAAUACCGAGUGUCUAUAUUGGGACUAGUCGACGUGAAGGCUCCGUUUUUGCCGUGGAUGCUGUUACUGUUGAGAUGGGCCUCGAGUGGUCGCUGGCCUGCGACUGAUUGUGCUUGUGCUUUCAUUGGUCACGUCUAUUACUUUCUUACUGACUUUCGGCAAACUUGA